AUGGAUUCCAUCAUCGACCUCUCCGAUGCCUCGCAGGCUCUCGACCUCUCGCGCAUCCGCUACCAGCUGAUCCGGCUGGAAGACACCAUCACGUUCCACCUCAUUGAGCGAGUGCAGUUCCCGCUCAACAAGAACAUCUACAUCCCGGGGGCCGUACCGAUACCCAACAGCAGCCUGAGCUUUAUGGACUGGUACCUGACGGAGCAGGAGCGGCUGCAGUCGCUGAUCCGGCGCUACGAGUCGCCCGACGAGUACCCGUUCUUCCCCGACGCCGUGCAAAAUUCCAUCCUGGACUCGCUGCACUACCCAAAGAUCCUGCACCCCAACGACGUCAACGUCAACGACAAGAUCAAGACCUUCUACACGGAGCAGUUCUUGCCCAAGGUGUGCCCCGACUUUGGGCACGGCGACCGGGGCGUGUCGCAGGAGAACUACGGCUCGUCGGCGACGUGCGACAUCGCCUGCCUGCAGGCCCUGUCGCGCCGCAUCCACUUUGGCAAGUUCGUCGCCGAGUCAAAGUUUCAGUCCGAGACGGAGCGCUUCACGCGCCUCAUCCGGGCUGGCGACCGCGGCGGCAUCGGCGACGCCAUCACGAAUAAGGCCGUGGAGAAGAAGGUGCUCGAGAGGCUGAAGCUCAAGGCCCAGACGUACGGGACCGACCCCUCGCUCGGCGCCGAUGCCGGAGAGCAGGUCAAGAUCAACGUGGACGCCGUCGUGGCCAUGUACGAGGACUUUGUCAUCCCCCUGACCAAAGACGUCGAGGUCGACUAUCUGAUGCAGAGACUUGAACCCGCGCCGUAG